AUGAAACAGACAAGCAACAAUUCAUCAACGACCUUGCUGCGUCGCAGACGAUCUUUUCGCAAAUGGCUGAAACGAGUAACGCUGCCUAAUGAUGGUGGCAAUGCUUUCAUUAACGACAAAAUUCCUCACGGCGGUGUGUUCAGUGUUCCACUAACAACAUCUAUCAAAUACGCCCAAACAUCAAUUGGAUAUGUUGAUAACGAAGGCGUAAAGCAUCCAAAAUCAGGUGCAAUUCCUACUGUUGUUGCAAAAUGUGGCGCCUUUUUGAAAAAGAAUGGCCUUCAUGUGGAAGGUAUCUUUCGUGUCUCUGGAAAUCAAAAACGUAUAAACGCAUUAGAGUUUAUUUUUAAUCAAAGCCAAAGCAAUUUCGGGCUAGAUUUGAAUUGGGAUGGUUACACAGUGCAUGAUGCAGCAAGUAUUCUUCGUAGAUAUCUUAAUAAACUACCUGAGCCUGUCAUUCCAUUGGCUUACUACCAGCAAUUUCGAGACGUAAUGAAUGAUCGAACGCAUAAUAGUACGGAAGAUCGAAUACGGGCUUGUCAAGAAUUGAUACACAAAUUACCAACAGCACAUCAACAUCUACUUCUUUAUCUGCUAGACACGCUCAGUCUUUUCGCCUCUUUCGCAGAAAAGACAAAGAUGAGCAUCACCAAUUUAUCUUCUGUUUUUUGUCCAGCUAUACUUCGUCAUCCUAACCACAAUACACCACUUGAUUAUAAGAUUUCACAAUACGUCAUUGAAUUUUUGAUCGAGUUUCAGUCAUUAUUCACUAUGCAGUUAUUCUUGUCUUCAACGCAACUAGGGAACAACAGCAUUAACUGUAACUUCAAAAGCCGAGAAGAGACGAAGAACGCGAAAGACAAUGCUUUUUCCCUCAACAGUGAUCAUGCUCAGGUUAAGGGUCAUGGCUUACCAUUUUUGAUACCGUAUGAAGAGACUGAUCAGAACACAAAGCUACAAAAGUCUUUCUCCAACCUUGACCCAUUUAUAUCACCAACAAUUGAAGCUAAAAGUCACAGUAAUCUCAACAUUUCUCCCGUUGCUAUACGACUACCCACAGAGAUCAAUAACAACAGUAAAAGCGUACAAAAGCAAAAUACUCGAGCAUUAUUGCCGUUAUCUGGCAACUAUACAGCUGCAGCAAAAACCUUGGAUAAUGUCCGCCAUUCUUUCCUGAGGCUUACUCUUGAAUUAAAGGUCAAAUUCAAGGAUUUCAGUAUCGCAUCUUCCAAAAGAUUUGCACCUGUCGAUUAUGUUAGGUUGCUUUUGAGACGAUACACCAAACAAUCAGCAUCAUCAUUUGCAGGAAAAGUGGUCUAUUAUGUCACAUUAACUUCUAUAUCAUUGGUCAUUGCAUACGAAGUUUAUCUGGCCAUAGUCAGUGUACACAUUUUGGAACCCUUUGUGUUUUUCACAGGCCUUGCAUGCUAUUGGACUAUUUUAUACAAUGGUGUUAUCGUCAACACUAACAGCACCUCGAGAUUAUCAUUUUUUUCUACAAAUACUACUCCAGCUGUUCUGUUAUCUUCGACUAUUAUUACCGAUAGCAGUGACAACACUGAAGAAUUUGAAAUGAAACAACAACAUGAAGCAGAAGGCGAAAGUAAACAGAGUCAUACUGAUAUUAUAGACGAUAAGCAAGGAGAAAAUGUUGUAAAAUACAAGGAAGAAAAUGCAGACCCAUAUUCCAUUGAUAACGUAAAUGACCCUCUGCUACUGCAGGAUAAAAGCAUUAUGUUAGAAUGGCAUGGCUUGCUAACACGCGCUUGGAGGGCAAAGUGUAAUAGUAAUGACAUCAUUAAUCAAUCGGCGGUAUCCGUUAUUCCCGAUGGUGAUGAUAACGCGUCUAUUUUGAGUAAGUGUAGUAGAUUUGAUGAAGAAGAACCAUCCUUUUGGAGUACCAACAAAGAUGAUGGAGAAGAAGAGGAGGUAAACCUCGAAGGCCUAGAAAUUGAUGCGAAGACUUUGGAACGCUAUCUUGGGAUAUACAAUCAAAUUAAAAAUGAUGCCCAAAUGGCACAGCGAUUACAAUGGGAAGAAGACUAUGCAAGAGAUAAGCAUAAUCCGUUCUUAUCGACGACAAAGAAGAUUAAACAUAUUCAUGAUCUUGGUGAACCAUGGAAAAGUGAUGAUGAUGAUUAUCAAGAGAGUGAUGAUGCUGAUGCUGAAGUAACAACCCCAACUGGCGUCGAAAAAGAGGAAUGGAAGAUAAGGAUAUUUACUCAUUAG